CCCGGCGGCAACGGCAGCGCCGGCCUCCCCGGCAACGGCAGCGCGGGCCCCGGGGACGAGCGCCCCGAGCCCGCGCCCCUGUCCCCGGCCAUCCCGGUGAUCAUCACGGCCGUCUACUCCGCUGUGUUCGUCGUGGGCCUGGUGGGCAACGCGCUGGUCAUGUUCGUGAUCGUCAGGUAUACAAAAAUGAAGACGGCAACCAACAUCUACAUAUUUAACCUGGCUCUGGCAGAUGCAUUAGUUACUACCACCAUGCCCUUCCAGAGCACCGUCUAUCUGAUGAAUUCCUGGCCUUUCGGGGACGUUCUUUGCAAGAUCGUCAUUUCCAUCGAUUACUACAACAUGUUUACCAGCAUAUUCACCCUGACCAUGAUGAGUGUGGACCGCUACAUUGCCGUGUGCCACCCCGUGAAGGCGCUGGACUUCCGGACACCCUUGAAGGCAAAGAUCAUCAAUAUCUGCAUCUGGCUCCUGUCCUCGUCCGUCGGCAUUUCUGCCAUAGUCCUUGGGGGCACCAAAGUGAGGGAAGAUGUGGAUGUCAUUGAGUGCUCCUUGCAGUUCCCGGAUGAGCACUAUGCCUGGUGGGACCUCUUCAUGAAGAUCUGCGUCUUUGUCUUCGCCUUCGUGAUCCCAGUCCUCAUCAUCAUCGUGUGUUACACUCUGAUGAUCCUGCGUCUGAAGAGCGUCCGGCUCCUCUCUGGCUCCCGGGAGAAGGACCGCAACCUCCGCAGGAUCACCAGGCUGGUCCUGGUGGUGGUGGCCGUCUUCAUCACCUGUUGGACCCCGAUUCACAUCUUCAUCCUGGUGGAGGCCCUGGGAAGCGUGUCCCACAGCACCGCAGCCCUCUCCAGCUACUACUUCUGCAUUGCCUUGGGCUACACCAACAGCAGCCUGAACCCCAUCCUGUAUGCCUUCCUGGAUGAAAACUUCAAGCGGUGUUUCAGGGACUUCUGCUUUCCCAUCAGAUCGAGGAUGGAGAGGCAGAGCACGAGCCGAGUCAGACACACAGUCCAGGACCCUGGUUACGCGCGCGACGUGGAUGGGAUGAAUAAACCGGUAUGACUAGUCGUGGAGAUGUCUUCUUACAGUUCCACAGGGAGAGACGAGUUCAGUGGUGGAGGGUUAACUCAAAUUACGACUGCAGUCUGAGCUGGAAAGGCAGCUCUGUUAAAUUUAGAACUCUCACUCUCUGAAACCUUCAGAUGCAGGCUGCAUUCACAGUCAGGUCAGUGGAGACAGAGAGGCUGAACAUGGAGGACCAACCGAUGGGAUGCAGGAUCGACACACAGCCUCCUGACGAACAAAGGACUCAGCCUUUUUCUUCUGGUUCCCUGGAUUUAGCCCACAUCUGUUGGGAUCUUUCUGUGCAGCUAGCUUCAAAGCUCUGUGUAAAAAAAAAAAAAAGUAAAAGAGAAAACAACAGAGUCUGGCUUCAGAGCUUCAGGGCUACCCAGUCCAGAUGUUCAACCCUGACAGCACCAGCCCUGGAAAGAAUGGGGACAGUGCCAUGGUUCAUCCUCUGUCUCUCUCCUAGACAGAGAUGCAUUUCAUGGGGCUGCCGUGAGGGUCCCUGCCUGACAGGACUUGGACACGUGCUCGAGGUACCUGAUGCUCGCGUAUGAUGGGACAUUAUCUUGACACUUGUACACUUAUUUAAACAUGCAAGGGGUGGAUUCUAACAUAGUCUAAUAUUUUGAAAACUGAGUAUUCAUGUUUUUUAGCAUGCUGUUCAGCUAAGUCUUCUGAAAAAGCAUGAACCAAUAUCAGGAAGCAUAAAAUGGCUCCAUACCACUGACAGUAUAUAUAAUUUUCAUCUAUCCAUCAUAGUCUAUGUGAAAAAAAAAUGAGUUUCCUUUCCAGACUGGAAAUCUCCCAAGGAUAUGCUAAUGAUAUUCCCUGAGUUGUUAGGAAUUGAUAGAAGGAUGCUAAGACAUUUUGCUGUAAUGUCAACUAUCUCUGGGGGGGCGGUGUCUGCAUGAUUUCUUUCAGAGGCCAAGCAUAAUCUGGUCAUCUUUCAGCAGUACCUAUAACUCAGUGUUAACAAGCCCCAAGCCUUUAACUCACUCUCAGACUGGAACCUCAGCGCAAGUUCCUGCAUUUGCGGCACCCCUUUAUCAGCAUACAGCUACUUCCACAUUCUCUCUGUUCGUGGAGAGAAGGCGUUUUGAUUCCACACAUCUCGAGAUGCUAUUUUGUGGCUUCAGCAGGCAGCAGAAUUGCUCCCAAAUGAGUACUGAAUUAGGCCAUUAUGCCAGUUGGGGUGCCUGGACAUAACGCGCAGCGUAUUUUCUGAAGGAUGUGACCGCUGGAGCUAAUGCCGUCAAUAGCGCAUUUAGGAUAAUUCUGCUGCAACUGCCAUCCGACAUAUACAUUGCCUCUUGGUGUCUCUAAAACUCAAAGUAUGGCUUUUUCCAUAAUUUUCCGGGGAAGAAGAAAAGAGAUAAAGUAGAAAUAAUAGCCGUCUGCAGGCCUAGGUCUUACAUCACCCUUUGGAAUUUGGUAGGAUGCUCUAAGGUGUAGGCCUACGUGAUUGCUGGCCUCACUGUGUCUGUGAGCUCCGCUCAGCAGGUGCAUUCUCUGUCGUGGAUGUUGUCUGUCCUUCUGGAAAUGAAACCUUACACAGAAUGCUUUGCAUGUGGCUUCAGAAUUUUAGAAUGGACAUGCUUGUCUCCGUUUGAGGAUUUUAUGCCGUCUAAUGGCCUAAGCAACAUCGUGGGGGCUUUGCUUAAUGAAAAACAUAGCGUUCUUCUGAGUAUUUCUUAAAUUUCAGUGAGACUCCCAGAUGUGCCCAAAUCCUUGUCACUGAGUGUAGAUAGGAAUGGUUUAAAUGCUGGUUGACAUUAACAAGUAGUCUUACCUGUCAUAUAAGAGGGAUAUCUCCAUGGAAAGUAGUUCCGGGGACAAACCCUAUUGAAAUAAGAAAUUGGAAGACCUCUUCAAGGAAGAGCCAGACCAAAAUGGAAUAAAGAUAGUGUCGUGGAAUGAAAUUAUGUACAGUAGACCCCUCACUGUAAAUUAGCAUUCCAUAUGCUGUUCCACAUGUUAAGUGCCACUGCUGGGAUCCGAACCUUUGCCUGAGUGUACCGCGUAGAGACAGCUGCAGCCCAAGGAGAGAAGUGGCUAGCAACUUUGCUCCUGCUGCAUGUUCCUAGCUUCUUAAUUACUGCUAAUGCUGACGUCCCCCAAACUGCAGGAAGAGAGAGAAUGUGGAUGAAUGGCAGUUUAGGAUGCUGCUUGAAAGCAAUGUUAAUUCAGUCACUUGUGGUAGGAAGGACACCAUUCGUAUGAAUGUAUUUCUUUAUCAAAAGUGUGCACAAGAGAGAAGCAGAGGUGGGGAACAAGGAGGAAAGUGAAAGAGAGAUGGAGAGGGGGGCAGAGAGAUGGAGCCAGUGCCUCGCGUGUCAGCCUAGUGCCGGGGAGCAGUGAUGUCGCGGCCAUUCCUGCGUCAUCCUAAGCCUGCUGCCUCACAGAUGCUGCCUGGCACCUGCUGGGCCUGCUCUAGCAUUUCCUGUGGAGGGCCCCACCUACUGUGUCUCUUGGAGACCAGCGCUGCGCACAUCUGACCUUCAGAUCGACCCCGUAGGAAUUCUAUCUCCUCACUCCGGUAACAACUCUGGAAAAACAGGACCUCGCCAAGGGUCAGAGAAAGUGCAGGGAAGUGAGCCAGUCAUGCAGGAGGCAGCAGCGAGACUGAAAGCUGCGGCUCCGGCUGGAAGGAGGGAAGCGGGGUGGUCAGGACCAUGAAGCUACUUGCGAAGCUCACUGGAUGUGAAGAAUGUACACACAACUGCAGGCUUAUUGCUGAAAGGAAGCAAAGUUGGAAAACACUCAAAAGAAAUCAAAGAACUUCACAAGUAUAUUAGGAAAAUGAUUUCUUCUUGUGAUAGAUGACUGAGAAGCAAGCAUUCUUUAAGUCGUAUUAGAAUUUGUAGGUGUUUGAUCUACUGGAAGGACAUAAGAUGAGUGAAUGAAACAAAAGACUCUAUUAGCUGGCUUACACGAUGUCAGAAACCAUGGCAAUGUCGUAUGCCCAUUCAAUAAGAUUUAUUUUCUAAUCAAGAAUUCUUUGGAUGAUUCAGCAUGAGUGUGAAAAUCCCAUCCACACAGAGCCUAAACCUGAUUGUCCCAAGGUAAUUUUCUCUGAAAGAAAAGCGUACUCGUAUACUCAGAUAUUCUUAACUAUGAUGCAUAUUAUUUAUAUAUUGUACUUGCAGAAGAUGCUAAGUGUGCAUUGUGUGUAUCAUUGUGCGCCUUGCAAUAAAAGUAAAAUUCCAUCUGCUGAAAGUUGCAAAAGCCAAUUACUU